CUCACACAACGACCAGUCUCUCUCUCUCUCUAUCGAUUUCUCUUCAUUCUGUGUCUCGCUGUUCCAUUCUUCCAUGGAGGUCACCUUCUCUUCCAAGCCUCAAUCACUGAUGUUCAAUCCAUGUCUUCUUGUCAAUUCUUCUUCCUCCUUCUCCUACUCUCGGCUCCGCUUCGUUCGCCGGCAAUUCCUUGGCGGUGGUCAUAAUCUCCGCCCGCCAGAUUCCUUGCGCACUCGUCGGAGGUGCAGGAAGGUUGGCUUGUUUGUUCAGUCUCCGAGGUACAUUUUCCGAGCUACGUUGAGUUCGAAUCCGGCUCUCAUCGUUGUUGCUGUGGUUACCUUCUCUGCUGUCUCGUUCAUCUACAUGCAACUCAGUAGGAGGAAGAAGAAUGCGGUUGAGCGUUCCCAAUCUACAAAGCUUGCCUUAUCUCAACUAGGUAGAGACAUCAACUGGUCUGCCGAUGGUGAGAUAAUGGGCUUUAGGGAGCACCAUGGCGUCUUUUUAGAGCAGAACAUAAGCAUUAAGGAUAGAACUGAAGAGAGAAGUUACUCUGGGGAAGAAGAGACUGUUCUGCAGCUUCAAAAAUCUGUUCUGUCACGUGAGGCCAGUGUCACCGAAUCAUUGCAGCCAUCUGUUUCUGAAGUUACUACUUCUAAGGAUAGUGAUUCUCUGUUUUCAGAUGAAAGUGAAGCGGCAGAUCUUUCUCUUCUUUCUGAUAUGUUUGAACCUCGGGUCCUACAGCCUCUUAUGUUUCCCAAUGACAUGACUGACUUACAACUGAACGGAUCUCAUGUCAAAUCCCACUCUGACUUGCCUGUUUUGGUUGAUGCAACGGAGCUUCCACCUGUUGCUGGUCCUUUAUAUAGUGUAUAUAAUCCAGUGACUCAACAUUUCCAAGCAGAUGGUGAGCCUGUAAAAGAGGAAAAAUUUACCAGUUCCAACUUUCUAAUUGAAGAACCGGCUAGAGAAGAUAUUUACAUGUUCUAUGAAGACACAGAGUCAAGUAGUCAAACGGAAACUUCUCGAACUUCUCAUCUAUACAACCAAAAUUUUUCUUCAGUGAUGAUUAAUGGUGUCUCGAGAGGAGCAGAAUUAGUACCAGAGGAUUCUCUGCACAUUGCAGGGUAUGUUCAAAGAAAUGUACCUGUUCCAUAUAAGGAAGGUUCUUCAGGAAACAGGGGGAAAGAACCCAGUCUGCAUAGAGGAAAAGUUGUGAAUGGGUUGCCCUAUCCAAAUGGGAAGCAUGUUCAUUACAAAAAUCUUCAUGUAGAUCAAUUUAAAUCCUACAAUCAAUGCCUGAAAGGUGGAAGGUUGCCCGAGUGUAUCAAAAUACUUCAAGACAUGGAAAAAGAAGGCUUAUUGGAUAUGAAUAAGAUUUAUCAUGGGAAGUUUUUCAAUAUUUGCAAGAGUAAAAAGGCUGUUCAGGAAGCUUUUCAGUUCACCAUACUUAUUCCAAAUCCCACGUUGAGUACAUUUAACAUGCUCAUGUCUGUAUGUGCAAGUUCUCAAGAUUCUGACAGCGCUUUUCAAGUCAUGCGGCUUGUUCAGGAGGCUGGAAUGAGAGCAGAUUGCAAACUAUACACUACUUUAAUCUCAACAUGUGGCAAAAGUGGAGAAGUGGAUGCAAUGUUUGAAGUAUUCCAUCGAAUGGUUAAUACUGGAGUGGAACCUAAUGUUCACACAUAUGGGGCACUUAUUGAUGGUUGUGCAAGAGCAGGUCAAGUGGCCAAGGCAUUUGGCGUGUAUGGAAUAAUGAGGUCAAAGAACGUGAAGCCAGACAGAGUUGUAUUCAAUGCACUUAUAACUGCAUGUGGUCAGUCAGGAGCGGUGGAUCGUGCUUUUGAUGUGCUGGCAGAAAUGGGGGCUGAGCUACAUCCUGUAGAGCCUGAUCAUAUUACAAUUGGUGCUUUGAUCAAGGCAUGUGCAAAUGCUGGUCAGGUUGAUCGGGCAAGAGAAGUGUAUAAGAUGAUCCAUGAUUGUAAGAUUAAGGGCACACCAGAGGUUUACACCAUUGCUGUUAAUUGUUGCAGUCAAUCUUGUGAUUGGGACUUUGCUUCCAGUGUAUAUCAAGAUAUGACCAAGAAUGGAGUACAACCUGAUGAGAUUUUUCUCAGUGCGUUAAUAGAUGUUUCAGGCCAUGCUGGUGAGCUGGAUGCUGCCUUUGAAAUCUUAGGAGAAGCCAAGACACUGGGGUUAAGUGUUGGCAUUGUGUCAUAUAGUUCGCUGAUGGGUGCCUGUAGCAAUGCUAAGAACUGGCAGAAGGCGUUGGAACUGUAUGAGGAUCUCAAGUCUAUGAAAUUGAGGCCAACUGUUUCAACUGUGAAUGCACUAAUAACUGCACUGUGUGAUGGGAAACAACUACAAAUGGCUAUGGAUAUUCUAACUGAAAUGAAGGGAUUAGGACUCUACCCAAACAACAUUACAUACUCCAUACUUACGGCAGCAAGUGAAAGGAAUGACGAUUUAGAAAUUGCCAUCAUGCUCCUCUCUCAAGCCAAAGAGGAUGGGAUUGUGCCAACCUUAACUAUGUAUAAGUGCAUAAUUGGCAUGUGUUUACGAAGAACUGCAGAGCCCUCUGCCCUUGAUAGAUCACUUUUGUCACAUGACUCUAAACUGCCUCAAGUCAAUAGUAAGUGGACAGCACAGGCCUUAAUGGUGUAUCGGGAAAUAAUUGAAGCCGGAAUUGUUCCUAGCAUUGAAGUUUUAUCUCAAGUUUUGGGGUGCUUGCAGAUUCCUCAUGAUCCCGCCUUAAAAAGCAGACUCAUAGAAAACAUAGGAGUAUGUGCUGACUCAUCAAGAUCUUCAAAUCUCUGCUCCUUGAUAGAUGGCUUUGGUGAAUAUGACCCUCGCGCAUUUUCACUGUUGGAGGAAGCUGCUUCACUUGGAGUUGCUCCUUUUGUAUCCCUCAAAGGAAGUCCUAUUAUUGUAGAUGUCAAGGAGUUGCACAUUCAUACAGCUGAGGUUUACCUCUUGACAGUUUUGAAAGGUCUCAAACAUCGGCUUGCCGCUGGUUCAAGGUUACCGAACAUAAUGAUCUUAAUGCCAAAUGAGACGACGCAAGUUCUCUCUUCCAAGGGGGAGAGAACCAUUAACCUUGCGGGAAGGGUCGGACAAGCAGUGGCGGCAUUGUUGAGAAGACUUGGACUACCCUACCAGGGAAAUGAAUCCAGUGGAAAAAUCAGAAUCAAUGGUUUAGCCUUGAGAAGAUGGUUACAGCCAAAACUCUCCAAUUCUCUAAGUGGAAAACCAGGAGAGUUCAGCUCAUUUCAGUCACGUCUAAGAGAAGGAAUAAGCCAUCAGCAGCGUAAUAUUCGCACUGGGAACCUAUCAUUGGAUUAAAGAGGUAUGCAAAAACAUUAACACAGUUUAGGAUAUUAAGCAGAUGAUCUAAGCUAUUGAAACCAGUUAUCCACACCACUUUAGUUCAACCACGCCACACUUCUAGAACUUCCUCAUAAAUGUUAGAAUAAGUAGGCUAUUUGGUUCUCUUAAUGGCAAUGCUAAUUGAGGGGGGGAUGUAUGAUGCGGUAUAGAGCUUUUGGUUUCGUGGCUUUUCAUGCGAAGAGAGGAGCAAUUUGCAGAGCUGUGGUGAAUUGAUCUUACUAUAAAAUAUUUCUGGUCAAGAAGCUCAUCACCAAAGUUGGUAGUCCAAUUAUGUGAAUCGAUCCUCUCCUACUGCCCUUUACUGAGGUAAUUUUACAUUAUAUAGAAAUGGUUGUCAAAUUUUGUAAUGCAAAAAUAUAUGACGACUUUAUAAAUUCAUCUUUUUUUCCUUCCAUUUUUGGAAUAAGAUGUCUAACGUAAACUAUUACAAAAAAA